CGGAGCCUCCAGCCCAGGAGCCACCCCCGGGCCGGGGGGCGGGGACCCCGAUGUGAAGCGGCCGCGGCGGCGUGGUGAGCGGCCCCGGCGCCGCGGUCCUCUCCUUCCCUUCCCCUCCCCUCCCCUUCUCCCCCUCUUGGGGGGGGCUUCUCCUCGGGCCCGCCGCCACCCCCCUCCCGGCUCCUCGGCGGGACUCCGGGAGUUCUCGGUGCCCCCUCCCCGCCCCAGCCCCCAAGGGCGGCGGGGCCGGGGGGGACCCGGGGGGCCAGCCGCAGCCUCCGCCCAGAGGAAACUUUACCCAAACAAAAUCACCGAGCUUUGCGAUCGUGACUGUCCCGGGACAAGUGGCUCAGGACGGGCAGAAGCCGAAGCCUGCAGAGACCCAGGAAGAGGAAAAGCGGUGAGCGGGGCCGCUGCCGCCUUGCUCCCGGCAGCGCGGAAGAGACCCGGGUGGCUGCCUGGUGGAGCGACGCUAGAACCGCUUCUUCCUCAGUUCCGCGCCGAGCCUUCCGCAGCUGCCGCCUCAGCCCGAAGAAGGAAGGGAGCCAGCCCACAUUGUCAGCGCCACCGCUCUUCUCUGACGCGAACUCUCAGCCAUCAACGAGACUUUUAAAAGGCUCUCUAAAUACUUGAAUGUGAAAAGCUUUGCAUCUUCUGAUAGUCUAGCCAAGGUUCAAGAAGCAGCAAGCUGGCUUUUGGAAAUGAAUCAGGAACUGCUCUCUGGGGGCAGCAAAAGACGACGGACUGGGGGCUCUCUGAGAGGGAACGCUUCCUCAGGCCAGGGGGAUGAGGAGCAGAUGAACCGCGUGGCCGAGGAGCAGCAGCAGCUGAGACGACCAGAGGAGGAGCGCACUGCGCGCAAUGGUGAACUUGUGGGUCCAGACCCUAGGCCUCGAGACCAGAAUGAUGCCCAACAAGGACAGGUGGAAGAAAACAAUAACCGCUUCAUUUCAGUAGACGAGGACUCUUCGGGAAACCAGGAAGAGCAGGAGCACGAUGAAGAGCAUGCUGGGGAGCAGGAGGAAGAGGAAGAGGAGGAGGAGGAAGAGGAGAUGGACCAGGAGAGUGAUGACUUUGAUCAGUCUGAUGACAGUAGCAGAGAAGAGGAACACACGCACAAUAGCAAUGUCACAAACUGUAGUAGCAUCGCAGGCCUGCCCAUUCACCAGCUCUCCUCCCCAUUCUACACAAAGACAACAAAGAUGAAAAGAAAGUUGGACCAUGGUUCUGAGGUUCGUUCCUUUUCUUUGGGAAAGAAACCGUGCAAAGUCUCAGACUAUACCAGUACCACUGGGCUUGUACCAUGUUCAGCAACACCAACCACUUUCGGGGACUUGAGAGCAGCCAAUGGGCAAGGGCAGCAGCGACGCAGGAUCACAUCUGUGCAGCCGCCCACGGGCCUCCAGGAGUGGCUGAAGAUGUUUCAGAGCUGGAGUGGACCGGAGAAGCUGCUGGCUUUAGAUGAGCUCAUUGAUAGCUGCGAGCCCACCCAAGUGAAGCACAUGAUGCAGGUGAUAGAGCCCCAGUUCCAGCGAGACUUCAUCUCCCUGCUCCCCAAAGAGCUGGCACUCUAUGUACUUUCAUUCCUGGAACCCAAAGACCUGCUGCAAGCAGCUCAGACCUGUCGAUACUGGAGAAUUCUGGCUGAGGACAACCUUCUCUGGAGAGAGAAAUGUAAAGAAGAGGGGAUUGAUGAACCGUUGCACAUCAAGAGGAGAAAAAUAAUAAAGCCAGGCUUCAUACACAGCCCGUGGAAGAGCGCGUACAUCAGACAGCACAGAAUUGAUACGAACUGGAGGCGAGGAGAACUCAAGUCUCCCAAGGUGCUGAAAGGCCAUGAUGAUCACGUGAUCACAUGUCUGCAGUUUUGUGGUAACCGCAUAGUUAGUGGUUCUGAUGACAACACCUUAAAAGUUUGGUCAGCAGUCACGGGCAAAUGUCUGAGAACGCUGGUGGGACACACGGGUGGAGUGUGGUCGUCACAGAUGAGAGACAACAUCAUCAUCAGUGGCUCCACCGACCGGACUCUCAAAGUGUGGAACGCCGAGACUGGAGAGUGCAUACACACCCUAUACGGGCACACCUCCACGGUGCGGUGUAUGCAUCUCCAUGAGAAGAGGGUUGUUAGUGGGUCUCGAGAUGCCACCCUUAGGGUUUGGGAUAUUGAGACCGGCCAGUGUUUACACGUCUUGAUGGGUCACGUGGCAGCGGUCCGCUGCGUUCAGUAUGACGGCAGGAGAGUCGUUAGUGGAGCAUAUGAUUUUAUGGUGAAGGUGUGGGAUCCGGAGACUGAGACCUGUCUUCACACGCUGCAGGGACACACUAACAGAGUCUACUCGUUACAGUUUGAUGGCAUCCAUGUGGUGAGUGGGUCUCUCGACACAUCAAUCCGAGUCUGGGAUGUGGAGACGGGGAACUGCAUUCACACCCUGACAGGACACCAGUCGCUAACGAGUGGAAUGGAGCUCAAGGACAACAUCCUCGUCUCUGGGAAUGCAGACUCUACAGUUAAAAUCUGGGAUAUCAAAACAGGACAGUGUUUACAGACAUUGCAAGGUCCCAACAAGCAUCAGAGUGCUGUGACCUGUUUACAGUUCAACAAGAACUUCGUCAUCACCAGCUCAGACGACGGGACUGUAAAGCUUUGGGACUUGAAAACGGGUGAAUUUAUUCGAAACCUAGUCACCUUGGAGAGUGGGGGCAGCGGGGGAGUCGUGUGGCGGAUCAGGGCCUCCAACACGAAGCUGGUGUGUGCCGUCGGGAGCCGGAACGGCACUGAGGAAACCAAGCUGCUGGUGCUGGACUUUGAUGUGGACAUGAAGUGAAGAGCAAGAUGAAGACAAGAUGAAUUUUGUCCAACUGUGUAGACAGUAUACUCCCUGCCCUUACCCUGCGCGAAACAAGAAAAACAAAAACAAAAAAGAAAAAAAAAAAGAAAAGGAAAAAAAAAAAAACAGAAAAAAAGAGAAAAAAAGAAAAGGAAAAAAAUCCCUUGUACUCAGCGGUGCAGGAUGUCGGCUUGGGACAACAGAUGGAGAAGACCUACGGGCAGAGGAGGUAAGAAGAGACCAGAGGCCGUAACUGACAGGAGGCGGCGGCUGCCGCAUCACCCGAAGGCUUCGCUUCUGACUGAGGGGCAGCUUUGCAAAACGAGACUGUCUAAAUCCAACCAGGUGCAAUUAUUCUUUAUUUUCUUCUCCAGCGUCAUUGGGCGGAGCUACAGGAGGCCUUGUCACCGUCACCUAGAAAGGCGUGGCAGUACUAUCCAAACAGGCUGGUUGUCUUCUAAUCAGAGAGCAUCCGCAACAAAAGUCGUUUUCUGAGGUGGACAAGCUUAAAAAAUUACUGUGAAUUGUUUUUGUACAGUUAUCAUGAAGCUUUUUUCUUUUUUUCUUUCUUUUUUCAUUCUUUUUUUUUUUUUUUUUUUGCCAACCAUUGCCAAUGUCAAUCAAUCACAGUAUUAGCCUCUGUGAAUCUGUUUCCUGUUGCUUCCACAUACACUCUUCACCGCAUACGUUUCUCAAAGGUGGCAAGUUGUCCUGGGUUGUGAGUCCUGCGAUGGAUUUAGGUCUUGAUGCUGGUGCUAGAAGUGGGUCUUCAAUACGGGAUCGUGUCCCACCCUGUACUGUACUGUACUCCCAGUGGCCAAACUUAUUUAUGCUGCUAAAUGAAAGAAAGAAAAAGCAAAUUAUUUUUUUUUAUUUUUUUUCUGCUGUGACGUUUUAGUCCCAGACUGAAUUCCAAAUUUGCUCUAGUUUGGUUACAGAAAAAAAAAAAAAAGACUUUUUUGCCACUGAAACUUGAGCCAUCUGUGCCUCUAAGAGGCUGAGAAUGGAAAAGUUUCAGAUAAUAAAGAGUGAAGUUUGCCUGCAAAUAAAGAAUAGAGAGUGUGUGCAAAGCUUAUUUUCUUUUAUCUGGGCAAAAGUUAAAACACAUUCCUUGGGGCAGAGCCUGAGGUGCCUGUUCUGUGGAGAAACUUCUUUGAGGGCUGUGGUGAAUGGCUGAACGAAAUAGUAAAGCUGACAAGAUAUUUUAAAGAUAUAUAUAAUGCAAAACAAAAGGAAGUUGCUGGUCAGUGGCAGCAUCUUACAGUAUUUGGGAAAACAACUGUUACAGUGUCAUUGCUCUGAGUAACUGACAUGAGAGCCACAUUCGCUCUGUGCCGGCGUCACACGCGAACCAGCGCGAUGAACGGGGGUCAGAAGGUCCGCCUCAUUCACCAGGAGCCGUAACUCAAGCUGAACUGUGAAAGUGGUUAACACUGUAUCCUAGGCCGUCUUUUUUUCCUCCUCCUGUUUAUUUUUUGUUUGUUUUAUUUAUAGUCUGAUUUAAAACAAUCAGAUUCAAGUUGGUUAAUUUUAGUUAUGUAACAACCUGACAUGAUGGAGGAAAGCAACCUUUAAAGGGAUUGUGUCUAUGGUUUGAGUCACUUAGAAAUUUUAUUUUCUUAUAACUUAAGUGCAAUAAAAUGUGUUUUUUCAUGUUA